CCCGCUUUCCACAACCAUGGCCACCGCUAACCCGAAAACGCAGACCAUCAGCCUGGAGGACAUGCCGCUGCCGCAGCUGCACAAGCUCAAGGCGCAGUUUGAGGAGGAGAUCGGCGAGCUGACCACGGCGUUCACGCAGAUGAAGCAGGCACAGGCCACGUUCCGCGAGUGCAAGAGCUGCGUCGAGUCCAUGACCGCUGACAACAUGGACAAGACCAUCAUGGUGCCCCUGACCAACUCGCUGUACGUUCCCGGCAAGCUGAGCAACAUCGACAGCGUCGUAGUCGAUGCAGGCACCGGCUACUACAUCGAAAAGUCGGUCGGUGAUGCGGCCCAGUACUACGACGCCAAGGCCGAGUUUGUGCAAGGCAACGCCAAGAAGAUCCAGGAGACCAUCGAGCAGAAACAGACCAGCUUCCGCGGUCUGCUGGAGAUCAUCCAGUUCAAGAUGACGCAGCAGCAACGUCAGCAGCAACAGCAGCAGGCUGCUUCCAAAUAAUCAUAUCCUAAAUCAAAAAAAAUUAUAUUUGAACUUGGAC